AGAGAACACAUGUUAGACUAUUCCGAGUUACCUACUCAUGACCAAGGAGUCACGACAGGAUCUCACCGAGUCGCUGGGCCUCUACAAACGGCAGAAAGACAGCCCGACCUACCUACGGACGGGUGACUACGCAGCCUGGCAUGUCUCAAUAUGCCGAAACACACUCUCCUUCACUAUACGUCGUGGCUUUUAUUGAAUCAAUGCCCAAGAAGUAGGGCUGACAGUCUGAGUGCCUCGCAAAUCUCCAAAGCUCCGCUGCCUCUUCUUCAUCAACGAUCAUGGCGAAACGAAUCGUGGUGAAGUGCCAGUCGCAAUUGAUUCCCGGCAAACCGGUAGAACGGAGAAAAACCAUGGCGAGUCUUAUAUGCCAGCAUGAAUGGGGUCGGGAUUUCGACGACAAGCAAGAUUAUUUCACUUCUCUAGGGCUAUACGAUGCCGACAACGUCAAAUGCUACUUUCUCUUGGAUAACGGGGUAGUAGGUGAAGGGGAGGCCCCCGAGGUCAGGGUCUACAGGUGGGAUGGGACUAAGUUAGCCUCCAAAGCAGUAUAUCAGGCCCUUGUUCAAUACCUUGAACACAUUCCAUUUGGAAGAAAGUCUGCGACCGCCAGCCUAUCUGAUGCUGAGUACCUUGCUUUGUACGGGCAAGACCAAUUCGACCGCUUGAUUUCACAGAGGAACGAGCAGCAAGAGAGACGUCGUCGGUCGAUAGCAGAGGGGCAGAAAACAGCACGUCACAACAACUCGGUCACGUGACUACACACCAACAAACAGGUAGUGAUGGCAUUGCUUAGGCGCGUUGAGAGCAAAGCGGCUGGACCUGCUGGACGGGGAGCCACCGUUGCUAUACUUGCAGAUAAUACCACUCGGAUGGAUGCUUCACAAGCUGUCCUGGGUCGACCGGAGCAAGCGCCAACAUGCAGCCAAACCUAGCUUAUCGACCUACUUGAGCAACUCCUCAU